AUGGCGCUGCAACUUUCGCUGCGUACCGAGUCCCGACAAGCACCCCCGAAACAGAAGCUGAAAUCCGGCCCCUACGUCCCCCAUUUACUACUGUUAUCUACGAUGCAACACAUACUGCUUGCCCUACCCGCAGCGCCCGACCGGUUUGAGGUUAUCACGCUGCCUCUGCCGCAAUCCUUCUCUGAUGAUGAGCGCGUGGACGCUUGCAUCCGCCACCAUGAGAAGGAAAUCCAGAGCCGCCUGCGGAUGGCCGAUAAGGCAGAGGCAACCUCUUGGUCUCUACCUGAGCGCAUCAUGAAUCGUCGGUAUGCGCGGAUGAUCCUCGUUAUCAACCGCUUUGAGGCCGAUGACGACAAAAAUAACGAUGGCGAGGUGGCCCCUUGGGAGGAGGCGCUUCGUAUUGAAGAUAUAUUGAGUGGAGGUAAGAUGCACCCCGAUGCGAAUCGCUUCGGUAGCUAUCUCCAAGUCCAAUGGCAACGCCGCGAGCAGCUUGAGGAUGCCUAUCUUGAUCCGAAAUAUAUAUCUCCUGAUCUGUCAUUCCGAGAUUUUGGGUUUGGAGUGUUUGGCAGGACUCUUUUCGAGAUGUUUACGCCAGCUGUGCCUUUUUACAAUCAUUUCGUGCCUGAUGGCGUACUCAAUCGACAGUUGGAGGAGGCCAGGGAAAGUCUGGUUGAUUUUGAUGCUCUUACUAUUUGA